AUGGAGUGCGUUUUUGCAGACAAUCAGGAAAAUUGCAUGAGCGGCUGCGAGUCCGGCUGGACCAUCUACUUAGACCACUCCUCGAUUUCUCCCUACGUCACCGAAUUCACCGCCGGCGGCCGCCGCGAAAUCGGGGCUUUCGUCGGAGGGGACGAGGAGUACGAGGACGAGGAUCUGUCCAUGGUGUCCGACGCCUCCUCCGGCCCUCCGCAUCUCCACGACGAGGAUCGGGUCGUCGUCGGCGGAAGGCCGGAAUCCGCCGCCGGCGGGUGCUCGUACAACUACGCCGCGGCGGCGGCGGCUGUCGAGGAGGCGCAGCCCCGCAGAAGGGGAAGGGAGAAACGGCGUCGUAGCAGCCAAGACGGGUCGUCCCUGCUCGACGACACUGCCAGCUCACCAUUUUUCGAUUUCUCCGAUAAGAAAUUUACUGUGGAUAGAAGCAAGGAAGAGGAGAAUGUGUUGGAAUAUUCACAAGGCUACUCUUCUACUCAGUUUGAGGUGAGGCCUCCAUAUGCAGAGCAAUAUGAGUUCUUUCAGUCAACAGAGUCAGCAGAUCAGCUGCAGCAAAACCAGUGGCUUGAAGGGAAAAGGUGGUGA